AUGACCACCACCCGCUCUUCCGUCCUCGUUCCCACCCACUCCCCCUCGGCCCACCCCAGGGCUCACAUCCCACAGAAGAGGAAGGCUGACUCGUCCCCGCCAGUAGAUAUUUCCCCCGUCGAAGAACCCGUCAGCAUCCCCUCCGACACCGAUGCGCAUCGCAGCAAAGUACGACGCAAAGAGUCACCAGCUCCUGUCAUCCCAGAUCCUGUCAUCCCAGCUCCUGUCGUCGUCACCCCCGCACCCAUCGCCAUCGCCGCUCUCACCCCUGCCGCUCCCCCAACACCGACUGUAUCAAUCACACCCAUCGCCACGCCCUCCACGGCUGCCACCCCUAUCACUGCUCCUUCGGCGCCAAUGAUGACUUCCACCGCACCCACACCAGUGGAUGCCACCACCCCGAACGUCACCGCACCCGGUCUUGUCGCAAAAGCUGCAACCGUCCGCCGCACCCAGCCAGCCCGCCAGCCUCUUCCCGCGGCCCGCGUCCGAGCGCAACUCACUCGAGAUCGCGAAGUCGUCAGCCGUGCUGGGUCUGCACAUGUAGUGGACGAUGACGCCCCUCUUGCUGUACCUCCCGCGAGGGCGGGCUUGGCCGACGGAUCGCACGCUAGCCCGAGGGAACUCGCGUUGAGGGAAGAAAUGGCGUUAUUCCAGGAGGCAAUGUUGAUGAUUGACGAGGCGGAGAAGAACAGGGAGAUGAGCUAUGAGCCUGAAAGAGGGUCGAGGACGGGACGAGGAAGCAGGAACGGAGACGUAGACGGGACCGAGUCGAACGACGAUGACUGGGAUAGUGACGUCGGUCCUUCUCGAAGAAGGCGCAAAAGGCACCCAUACUCUUCUGGAAAGGCGUCUCCGGCUACAACCUCUUCUCGAUCCUUUGAAGAGCAGUGGGACAACAUCCAGACCUAUUAUCGUCACAAAUCAGCAGAGGCGCGAGCGGUCGUAGCUCGGGAACCUCCAGAUCUCAGCAAAUCUCGUGAGCCAGUCGUCGUGGUCGCCACCAAUCCUCGAGAAAGCUUUCCAAAGGAUAGAGUUGAGAAGGGAUACCAGAAUGGCAUGUCGGGUAUGACGGAGGAUAUGGAGGCUGAUGCCCAGGGGUUUGUCACGAACGUGAGGUCAAACCUGACCGCCGUCACCACCUAUUACUUUCCUCAGAGAACAGUAAAGAGAGAUGCCUUUCUGGAGGCGAUCGGGAGAGACUUGCGGCGCCUGGGAGAAGAGUUGACGGACAAUGGGGACGCGGCGGUGCCACCUUGA